CGGGAGGCUCCGUGGCGCCGCUCGGGCAGAUCCAGCUAGCUUCCCCGAGAAGGGCGGUGGCGCAAGGAUCGGCUCUCUCUCCCUCCUGUGCGCUCCCGGCCGGUCCAAAGCCGAGCCCGCGACGGAACCAUCUUCCCGGGGAUGAGCGCCGCCGCUACGGGCCCUCUCGGGCACAGCCGCAGCUCCUCGCCGGAGCGGAGGGCCGGCUGGGAGCGCAAGCGCCGCGCCCGAGCGGAGGAGCUGCUCCGGACCGAAGGGCGAUACCUGGAGCAGCUCGAAGGAGUUGCGACGUACUUUGUGGUCACCCUGAAGGCCAAGGGGAUCUUGAAGCCAGACAUCCAUAAGAUUCUCUUUGGACCCUGGGAGUCCAUCUGCUCCGCCAGCCGGACACUGCUUUUCCACCUGACCAGAGGCCAUUUUGCAUUAGGACUCGAGAGUUUCUGCCACCAGCUAGUGUUCUACGUCCAUUAUGCAGAGAAUCUGGAAGCGGCCCAAAACAUCCUGAAGAAACUGGUAAAGAAGAACAAAGCUUUUUCCCGCUUCAAGAAGCUUCAGGAAUCCCGUCCAGAGCUUAAAGGUUGCCCGCUGGAAGAGCUGCUGCCGCUGCCCCUGCAAAGGCUCCAUCAGUAUAGGCACCUCCUGCAAGAUUUGGUGGAGCACACUCCCCCAGAGAGCUCUGGAUUUGACCAGCUCCAAGGGUCCCUAAAGUCUGUUUUGGAGGUCCUGCAUCGAGUCCAGGAAAUUGCUCGUGUCCAUGAGAACCUAUUGAUGAUGAGACAAAUUCAGAAACAGCUCAAGGGACGGAAGACCCAAGUGCUGGCUCCAGGGCGCCAGUAUCUCCAGGAAGGUUGGCUGAUGGAGGUCCCCUCCAAGGGGAAGGAGAUGCAGCGCAGGAGGUGCUUCCUUUUCUCCGAUAUCUUGUUGUUAACAAAGCCUUGCCACCCGCUCCAUCCUUGGAAUUCACACAAGUUUGCUUGCCAGGCUGUUUACCCUCUCAGUCACUGUGUUGUGGAGAAGGUCUUUGGUCACACCCAGAGCCAAAGAGGGCUGCUCAGUCUCUCUUUCCCACAAAAAAAGUUACUAUUGAUGUCUUGCGAUCAGGAGGACUUUACCAAAUGGCACCAGAAUCUGGUGGUGGCUAUCAGAGAGCUUCAAGUCUGUGGCAGCCCACCCUCUCAGAAGGCCGAGUGAGCCAGCUGGACUCUGCAGGAAAUAGCAUGUGCGCCCUGGGCAGUUGUUUGGCAAUCUGCCAACGUGCAGUCAUUAGUGCUACCCUCCUUUGGACAUCUAACUCCAAGCAUAACCCUAACACAGGUCUGUCCUUGGUUUGGUUCCCUGUUCCUUCUAUCCAAAGAAGCAGGAUUCUUGGAAUAGCCGCCCUCCUCAGAGGCUGCUGCCUCCAGAACAGCCACACUUAUUAAGCCUACAGAUAGGGAGCCCUGCCAUAGGAUAGCCUUCUCAGCAACUCUCAUGUGACACAGUGGGACAGAAGUGAUUAAGAUUCUACACAAACUAUUUUUCAUACCCGUGGAUCUUGCACAGUGGGAUGUAAAAGCCUAUUUUCUUUUAAUGGCUUGGAAUGGUGGUGGUUUCUCCUUGUGAAUUCUAUUGCGAGAUUAGUUUUGCCUGCCAAGACAGGAAAACUUUUGGGCUGGAACUCGGUGGGUUUUAAAAACAUGCCAAGGCACGGACAGGUCCUUGAGACUGAAUGCUUGGGAGCCAAUUACUCUAUAAUCCAGUUCCAUGAGUAUAACCAGGGCAGACAAACUGCUGCUUUAAGCAUUUUCAAAUUCUGUAGCAUGACCGCUAUGCAGCCAGAACUCCAAAUGUAGACAAGGUUUGGUAUUGCUGUAAUCCUAUUUUCAACAGAUAUUAGUAACAGAUUACUUUUGAAUCUUUGUUGCUAACAGUGGAAUAUGGGUGUGGAGAUCUUCCAGAUCCUCAAAUUCCAUUUUUUUUAAGAAAGAAGGAGCAGUUUAUGGUGUUUUUUUUAACAAUUUUAUUAUAAUUUAUUGUAGCAAAACAAUUUCUACAAUAAGCUUGCCAAUUGCAUCUAAAAUGAGUAGAUGCAAUAAGCAAAUCAUGUAACACUUAUGCAUCUUGUUUUGCAAUUGUGAAUGUAAAAUCCAUGUGAACCCCUGCCCGAUAGGUUGGGACUGUCUGUAGUGAUAUUGAAAACUGCAGGAUUGGUAGGGAAAACACAGUUCCAUGACUGUCAAAGGAAUGAAACAUUUCUGAAUAUAUUUUUAUUCUAAAAUGUUGCGGUAUGGAAAAUUAUGCUUUCCUCAAGGGAUACUUGCUUUAAGAAAAUUAGAGAUGACUUAAAAGGCAGUCUAAUAAUAUAAUUAUUUGUAGGUUAUUGUACUUCUUAAGAAAAAGAUUAUAUGAGGAAAUAGCCAAAAUAUAUAUAUAUAUAUAUCUAACAUUAAAUUUGGCAGAUUUUGGUACUUAAGUGCAUUUUCCAGAGGAGCAGUUGUAUCCAUUUGUUAUACCAACACUGUAGAUCAGACAUUCUUCUGUGGAGGACGGCGGAGAGGCAUCCUAAAUGGUGGAAGUUAUAUAAUCAUGCAUGUGUGCACAUCUAUACAGGGAUCCUAGAACUGAGAGAAAUCACAAAACAUCUGGUGUUUUAUACUGACUCAAUAGGAAAGAAAAAAGUUUCUCCUGCUUCGAGGGCCCGUAUCCUUCACCAAUUACUCCUCUGUUGGAGGAAUUUACACUCCUUCCCCUUUUCUUAGUAAAUUCCAUUGGAGAGGACACUUGCCUUAAAACAAUCCAGGCAUGGUUCUAGCCAUGGUCUCUUUGCCAAGCUGCUUAAGCUGGAGUCUGACCAUUCCAAAAACAAAAAGUAAUUAGUAAUUACCAAGGCUUUAUCCAAUUUGCUUCCCCAAACAUGAUGAGCAUGGGCGCAGAAUUCCAAUCUUGUGUUAUCAAAGCCCACACUGCCUGAAGCAUUGUGAAAGUAACAUGCUUUUAAAAAAUUGCACUACAAAAAGUUAUUACAGAUAUUCCAUGCAUUAAAUAUUUCAUGUUUUCCCCCCAGAAUUUGAUUUGUAUGGCUGCCAGUUUCACCUAAGUAACUCUAAGCGACCAUACAAAUUGAAUGUAUGAAUAAAUAUAAAAAUGUUAUAAUUAUGUAUUAUAUUAAUUUUAAAUAAAGUUGUCUGGAUGGGGAACUGAAAAUAUUAAAUAUAUUUGAAACACAAAAUACAUCAGGGAUGUAACGGAGAUUGUAGAAAAAAUUAAUUCUUUGCACUGAUUUUUCUUCAAAAUUGACUUUAUCAGGGAGGUGACAAAGUACCGUGGGAUAUUUUCAGAAACGAAUGACCUAGGAAAAAUUCACAGCUAACUUCUGAUCUUUUAAAUGCUAUGUAAUGGGACUCUCUAAAAUCCUUUGACGAAGUCCUCAUGAAAGGCUUUUCUAAACUUGGUGAUAGUGAGAUAUGACCAGUACUUUAAUGAAUUGAAUUCAUUCAUUAAUUCAUUGAAAAAAAAAAUAGAAAUCAGAACAGUGUUAGGACAGGUUUUUUUACCUUGUUUAUAAAUGACUCCAGGAAAAAGCUAUUCUGAUUGUGAAAUGCGAAAGUGAUUAUGAAGAAGUGACUGCUGCGGUGACAAAAGGCAACCCUAUACAUGAAACUCCACUCCACUCCAAACACACCUGAACUGCAUGAAGUGCCCUUAUAUUAAAGCAUUCACAAUUGGCUGAAUUGACCCUGAAUGGCAACAGGAAGAGAACGGGAAUCGGUGGCCCAGUAAACUGAAUUGCUUAUAUUCCUUGACCAUAGCAGGAAGGGGUAAAUGAGGUCAUCAAGCUGGGUUUAUCAAAAGCAUUCCAACAUCAUGCUGUAAUUUACAGUCUCUGCCUUUUGUAACGUAGCAUACAAAAAAAUAUACACCUGCUGUGACUGCUUUUCAUCAAGGCUGCUCAGCAAGCUUAGAGCCGAGUGCAGACUGAAAAUUAUCUGUUUGCUUAAUAAACACAUAUCUUCAAGUUAUUUGUUCCUUUAGGAGAGCCAGGCUUUGGUCACACUAAUGCUUAACCAAGAGGCAAAUAACUUGUAACUGAAAUAUAAUGCGAUGCACACAGGAGAAAGGAACCCUUCACA